UUAUAAUGUAAGACAAUGAUUGUCGCGUUCGAAGUUCCAUUAUUCUUUUUUGUAAUGAUUAGGUAAACUGCCUGCUUGUCCAUGCUAAUUUUAAAAAUCAGCGAUGCCCUUAUUCUUCAAUAAGUUUUCCCCCAAGAAGACACCAACUAGGAAGGCGUCCGUUUUCCUGGCAAAUAAAAAUUUAAGCCCUAAACGAAUAGAGAAGGAACUCGGCCCAGAAGUGGGUCCUAUACGCCUCCGCCUUGGAGAUCAGGAAGCUAUUUUUGAGGCUGGCCUAUGGAUUCCAGAGUCUGGUAAGGUGGGAGGUACUUUCAAAGAGAAUGAAAAAUUAAAAAAAGAAGUGAGGCGAUUGGAGGAAGAGAAUAAUCUGUUAAAGCUAAAGUUUGAUGUACUUUUAGAUAUGUUAACACAAACAACUGCCGAAGUUCACUCACAAAAGGAAGAAUUAGAGAAACUAAAAAAUUUUUCUCUUAACAAAAAAGUUGUCGUUUGA